GCAGCAUUUCUAAUGCUCUAAUAGUACUAAGAAUAAACUCCUGUAGUCUCCUGUCAGUGUUUUGCUAAUGUGAAAUUUCAGAAUGCAGGGCAAAAAAAAUGAUUAUUAAUAAAUUAAAGUUUUUUUUGUUAGUUUCAAUUAAAUGAUGUUCUAUAUUAGCUAAAUUGUGCAGCACUUUGUUCAGCAAAGCAAAGUUGCUUAACUAAGAUGGAUAGUAGUUCUUUUUAUUUAUCUUGCCACCUAAGAGGGUUAGCACUUUUGAAACCCAUAUCUUAGUGAAAGGAGUUGAAGGGAAGAUGUAAAGCAGGAAGUAAGACUGUUAGGCAGUGGUAAAUGCGGAACAACAGUUCCGUUAUGCGAAAGGUUUACAUAUUUCAGCUGAGUGGAACAUUGUAUCUUUGUAGGUUGUAGGCAAACAAGGGACUGUUUAAAGCUUUGCAGGCCAUCUAUAAAUUUAAAUUCAUCAAAAUUUAUUACAAAACAGUGAAAAUUAAUUGUUUGCUUUAAGGAACACCCGAUAAAUAGUUUGAAGAGAUGGGGAGCAGUGGAGAAGAGGGAAACUUGCUGCGGAGGUUGUCUCGAAUGGGAAGCAAACGGGCGUCCCGGGACACUCUUCAUCCUCAGGCCCAAGCAGCUUCCCUUUAUAGACCUCCUCUUCCAUCUACCAAACCCACUAUCUCAGUUGCAAGUAACUCCAAAACUGAAUUCAAUGCUCCGGUCCCUAAAUGUGACACCAAAGUGUUCAGCAGUAACGAACAUGGACAUUCCAUCUUACAGGGGUUUCAGCAGUUCCGUUUAAAUUCAACUCUAUGUGACGUGACGCUGGUGCCAGGCGACAGUGAAGAAACCUUCCCAGUGCACAGAGUUGUUAUGUCUUCAGCCAGUGACUACUUUAAAGCUAUGUUUACAGGUGGAAUGAAAGAGCAGGAGUUACAGGUGAUAAAGCUGCAUGGUGUGAAAGGACUUGGACUGAAGAAUAUCAUUUCUUUCAUCUACACUGGUAGUGUCUGUCUGAGCCUGGCCAGUCUGCAGGACACUUUGGAAGCUGCCAGCUUUUUGCAGGUGCUUCCUGUCCUGGGUUUCUGCAAAGAGCUGCUCAGCAGUGAGAUUACUAUAGACAACUGUGCAGAGGUGGAACGCAUUGCCAGUAACCUUCACCUGGAAGAGGUUCAAGUGUGCAUCAAUGAGUUUGUUCUUCAGAACUUCUCAGAUCUGGUAAAAAGCGGCAUGUACCUGAAGCUUUCCCAGUCAACCAUGGAACAUGCCCUAGCUAAUGAUGCUCUCAAGGGUUUCUCCGAGAUGGAACUGUACAAGGUGGUUCGUGCAUGGCUGGAUUCUGACUCCGCCAGCCACCGACAGCAUACCUUUAGCCUAAUGAGUAAAGUACGCUUUCCUCUAAUGAGCCCAGCAGAACUUCUGCAGAUCUCCCAGGAAGAUGUUACCCUCCGUGCUGACACUGAUUGCGUCAACCUCCUGUUAGAAGCCAGCACCUACCAGAUGAUGCCCUUUCUGCAGCCAGCCUUGCAGACUGAGCGUACACGCAUCCGUUCUAAUUUCACCCACCUGUUGGUCUUGGGAGGGGUGAUGAGGCAACAGUUAGUGGUCAGCAAGGAGCUGCGUCUCUAUGAUGAAGAGGCCCAAGCUUGGAAAGCUCUGCGGCCUAUGGAUGGCCCACGUUAUCAACAUGGUGUUGCCCUCAUCGGUAACUUUUUAUUCAUUGUAGGGGGCCAAGAUAAUUAUGACACCAAGGGCAAAACAGCAGUGGAUACUGUCUAUCGCUAUGAUCCCCGUUUUGACAGAUGGCUGCAGCUGGCCUCCCUCAAUGAAAAGAGGACCUUCUUUCACCUCAGUGCCCUGAAGGGCAAACUGUAUGCUGUGGGGGGCAGGAAUGCAAGUGGAGAGAUUGACUCUGUGGAGUGCUACAGCCUCAGUCAAAAUGAAUGGACACUUGUAUCACCGAUGUCUGAGCCACAUUAUGGACAUGCUGGGACAGUUCAUGAAAAUCUUAUGUAUGUUUCUGGGGGUAUAACACGGGAUACCUUCCAGAAGGAGCUGUGGUGCUAUGACCCAGAAGCGGACAGCUGGAGCCGCCGAGCAGAUAUGACCACACUGCGUGGUCUUCACUGCAUGUGCACCGUCGGAGACCGCCUCUACGUUAUGGGUGGAAACCACUUUAGGGGUGUCAGUGAUUACGAUGAUGUGCUAAGCUGUGAGUUCUACAGCCCUGCAACAGACCAAUGGACUAGUGUUGCACCGAUGCCUCGUGGCCAGAGUGAUGUUGGCGUGACUGUUUUUCAGGGUUAUGUGUAUGUGGUUGGGGGGUAUUCAUGGAAUAACCGCUGCAUGGUAGAUGUAGUACAGCGCUAUGACCCUGAAGGUGAUGUGUGGGAGAAAAUGUUCCAUAUUCUAGAGCCCUUAGGUGGAAUUCGAGCCUGCUGCAUGACUGUGCACCCACCUGAGAACAUUGUGGAAGCUCAGAUUCAGGAGUGCCCACUCUUCAGUGGUAAAACCUCAUAAAAUAUUUGGUACUAAAUUGAUUUUAUUCCGCAAAAUUGCCAAUUACUUCUACAAAGCAGGACUGUGAAUGUUCUGUUAUAUGAUAUAGUAGUAUCAUGCUUAAAAUUGUGGUAAACCAUUGUUUUUAUGUUUAUUUAAUUUCAAAAAUGUUAUUGUGUUUAGAUCAAACAGUUCUGUACAGCAUGUAAUGUAGUGACUGAAACCUUUGGAUAGCAGCAACUACAAUUUAAAUAUAAGGUUAUUGAUUAUAAAUGUUUUACUGUUCUUGCAUGAUUAAUGAGAGAGGUGUUUUAAGAAUGAGUUAAGGUGGAAUGGAAAGAAGAAUGCUUUCGGCAUUUUCUGUUUUAUUUUAGCUGAUCUGCCUAAUAAUCCAGCAGUAUAUUGUAAACAAGGUUGCAAAGGAUGUACAAGGUAAAAUGUUAAAAUGGAAGGCACACAGUUUUGGCAAACUAUAAUAUUUGUAUUGCAUGAUGGUAUAAUCAUAAGCAUUUGAUACACUUCUAAAGUACAAAUUAACCAUUGUACUUUACAAAUGACCAUUCCACUAGGCACCUAACCUUCCUCCAAAAUCUGUACAUAUCAUGGCUACUCCUGGCACAAGUUGUUUUUAAAUAAUCAAUUAUAUGUACAAUCUGGAUUAAUUUUGGAAAAACUGAUAAAUUGUAUGUAAUAGAAUAUAUAAUAAGAAGGAAAUACUGUUAUGUCUUGCUUCCAUGUCAUUGUGGGUGUUGUUCACAAGUGCCACACAACACACACAAAUACACAAGUACAGUAAUCUCCUUGAACUUCCAUUCCUCUUUCACUUUGAGUGGCUUGAUAGAUCUGCUGUCUGAUACCAUGACAGUAAUGAUGUAAGAGCACAGAGGUACAGACACAUUUCACUUGCAACCUUGAUCUUGUAAAAGUGAGAUAAGAGAAAGAGGCUGCUUGAUUAGCACCAAGGUUUGUGUAUACAGGAAGCCUCCAUGUACUUCUUUGACAAAUUACACUCAAAAUUAAACUUACCCAGUUUAAUAUAAUGGUCCUUAAACCCAAUGAUGUUUGCCUUUUACAUUUCUGUUUUAUCUGGAAGAAAAAAUACUUCUUGUAAUUAGUAAUUUAGCUCCUUCUUUACAAAGUGAAGAAUUAGACCUCUUGUCAACGAACUUUUUAAAUCACCUACUGUAGAACUAUAAUUUGAAUUUAAAUUUUUUACUACUUAAAAUGAAUGUUUUAUUUUUAAACAUUAAAAUUGUCUUAUUGGCCAUUGA